AUGCAUAUCUAUCUAUCUAUCUAUCUAUCUAUCUAUCUAUCUAUCUAUUGCCAUCCACAGACAGACUCUUUUCCUCUUGCUUUGUAUUUUUUCUCCCCGCCUUUUUUUUUAUCUUCUCCAAUCUCUUUUUCAUCGUUUUCUUCUCAUUUACCUUCUUUCUUUCCACCUUUCUUUUUUAAGCUUCUCUCCCUGCCUGCUCUUUUCUCUUACCUUUGUCUUCUCUUUCCCUAUUUUUUUUUUUGCCUUUUUCCCCAUCCGCGUCUCUCUUCCGCUAUUCACCCCACUCCGUUUUCUGACUUUUCUCUUUUUUUAAUGCCCUCUCCCGUCUCAAUCUUCUUCUUCUUCUUCUUCUUCUUCUUCUUCUUCUUUCUUUUCUCUUUCAAAUUUCUCAUCUCCUCUUUUUCUUCCUUUUCUCACUCUUUGUCUUUGCUCACUACUUUUGUCUUCUCUUCUCUCCAUAGUUUUCUCUUCAUCAAAGCUAACUCUCUCGCUUCUCGUUCCAGCACAAGGAUACUCCAAUCUCUCUAG